AUGUCUUCUUGUCCUUCAGGGGUCCGGAUACUCGCCGUUCCAUCGUCGACUUCCUAUACUACGCAUUGGUGGAGCGUGGGUUUUCGACAUUCGGAGACGACAAUAAAACUUAAACGCGGAGGAGCAAUCGGGCCGAGACUGCUUAAAGCCAUUGAGGAAUCAAGGGUCUCCAUUGUGGUAUUAUCGAGAAACUACGCGUCCUCAAGAUGGUGCAUGGAUGAGCUUGAGAAAAUCAUGGAGUGCAGGAGGACUUUGAGACGGGUUGUUCUUCCUGUUUUUUAUUGCGUAGAACCGUCCGACGUGCGGCGGCAGACGGGAGUAUACGCCGACACAUUUGCGUCGCAUCAACAGCUCUUUAGAGACGACCAGGUUCAGAGGUGGAGAGCUGCUUUGACUGAGGUUGCCUAUUUAUCGGGUUUUGUAUUGACAGACAAUGACAGGUCUAGUUCGAAGGUAAUUAAAAAAAUCAUUAAAGAGGUCCGAAAUAUAACUGAUCGUGCAUCUUUAAAUGUUGCGGACUAUCCAGUUGGAAUAGAUGCCCGUGCUGAAAAACUCAUUCAAAUGCUAAAGUUGGAGUCAAAUGAUGUUCGAAUUGUAGCAAUAUGGGGGAUGGGCGGAAUAGGCAAGACUGCAACUGCUAAAGCUGUGUAUAAUCUUAUACAUCGUAAGUUCGACAGCAGUUGCUUUCUGUUAAAUGUUGGAGCAACUUGGAAGCAAUACAACGGUCCUGUUAAAUUACAAAAAAAGCUUCUUUCAGAUAUCCUACUCGAGAAAAAGCCUAGUAUGGAAGAUUAUGAGCAUGGAAUUAUACAAAUAAAACAGCGAGCAUGGUGCCGAAGGGUUUUUCUUGUCCUCGAUGGCGUGGAUGACGGGGACCAAUUGAAGACAUUAGCCAUAAAUCGCGAGUCACUAUGUUCUGGAAGUAGGAUCAUUAUAACAAUUAGGGAUUUAUCUUCGAUAAGUUCGCUUGAACUUCCAGAGAAUGAGGUGUAUAAACCCAAGGAGUUGGAUGCGGAGGAGUCCCUUAAACUCUUCAGUUGGCAUGCCUUCAAGAAAAAAGGUCCUUUAGAAGACUACAGGAUGCUCUCAGCGGAAAUGGUGGGUUAUGCUAAGGUGAUUCCUUUAGUUCUUGAAAUUUUAGGUUCCUUCUUUUCUGACAAAAUAAAAUCCGAAUGGAUAAGUGAAUUGAAAAAGUUAAAGGAAAUUCCUCAUGAUGAUGUCCAAGCAAAACUUAAGCUAAGCUAUGAUUCACUCAAUGUUCGUCGUGCUCUUUUGCAAAUUGAUUCAGAUAACCGAUUGAUAAUGCAUGUUCGGAUUCAAGAUAUGGGUAGAGAAAUUGUCCGCCAAGAAUCUGUUCAAGAGCCUGGAGAACGUUCUAGAUUGUGGAAUGAAAAGGAUGUUCUUGAUGUACUGCAAAAUUACAGUGGAAGGGAUACAGUUGAAGGCUUGCUCCUAAACUUGCAAAGAUCAAAUGAGCCACUGUUGGAUGCAAAGGCAUUUGUAAAUAUGAGUAGACUGAAACUGCUUCAUCUCAAUUACAUUCGCCUAGUUGGGAGCCACAAACAUCUCUCCAGAAGACUAGUAUGGCUGUGUUGGAUCGGUUACCCUUUGAAUUGUAUACCAUCUACCCUAUUUAUGGGUAACAUGGUCGCUAUUGACUUGAGCUAUAGCAAACUCAAAGUAGUUUGGAGAGAAACUAAGAUUUUGAAGAAAUUGAAAUACCUCAAUCUCAGUCAUUCCUACCUGAUAGAAACCCCAAACUUCACUGGACUCGCCAGUCUUGAAAUAUUGUUACUUAAUGAUUGUACAAAGUUGUUAGAUGUUCACCAUACUAUCGAAUGUCUACAAAAUCUUCUUGUCUUGAAUAUGAAGAAUUGCCAAGAUCUUCACAAGCUUCUGCGAAGCAUAUUCAUGUUGAAAUCUCUCAACUAUCUUGAUCUCUCUGGCUGCUUCAAAUUAGGCAUCCGAAGAUCCUGGCGUUCAAUUGUCCGGUCUUUGGGACUUCCCGAACAAAGCGAUUUUAGUAUUUUCCUUCCUGGAAGUGAGGUUCCAAACUGGUGCAACUACCAGUGUGUGGGAUCAUUUUUAUCUUUUCUGGUGCCUCCGCUAGUGGGCAGGAAUAUACAAGGGUGGAUUUUAUGUGUUGUCUUUGUCGGUCGUUUGGAUGAUGAAGACAAUGACGACGACAUGUUUGCUAUUUCUUGUGAUAUUAAUAAUAAAACUAUGGGCACUAAGAAGCGUUACCAACCAACAGUUGAUGGCUAUCCUGUGAAGUGUAAAGAUUAG